AUGAGUCGACAAAUAGAGCAGGCCCUUCUCUCGCUCCUCCCGACCCAGAACUCAAAUCUCCCCCCACCUCUCGUCGAGCUCGCCGGCUCUCUCCUGGCUCAGUCUCGGCUUCGCGCGAGCACGCUGAAAGCUGAGGAAGACGUCGCGCGUUUACUCAAGAUCACUCUCAACCUCCCGCCCAUUGAGCCAAGACCACCCAUUCCACCACGCAUCUACAAGCGUCUUUACACACACCUUGACAAAAUCUUACCUGCCACCUCACUGUCUGGACGUGGUAAAGCAAAUGGCCUCGGUACGCCAAGAUCAAAGGGGCUCAGCUCUCCAGCACCUCGCCCUGUGCCGUCUCGAGGUAUGCCGGGCAAGGACUUGUCUCUCGCCGCAUUCCGCACGCCAGGAAAGGCCGGGACGCCCACGAAGUUGACGUCGCAGAACACGGCCAAAAAGCUGGAUUCUUCGUUGCCGCCUUGGCUGCGUCCUACGGUCCGCUAUCUGUGCAUCACUCUCCACACAAGCGGCGGUCCGGAUAUUGCACCUACAGUCAUCUUCGGUCUUGAAUCUAUCAUUGCACCGUAUCGCCGGAGAACAGACGAUGAGUGGGUGAAUGGACAUCUGACCGCACUGGUUGCUGCCAUCUACUGGUAUGUGUCUGAGUCGGCUCAACUGGCCCCUGGCGAAAACAUGACUACGGACGCUUCACGCUCAAGCCUCAACGCCAUGCGGAAACAGAUGCUAGUGACGCUGAGGAGCGCUAGGGGCGAGGUCAGGAUCCCCAAUUCACAAGGAAAGAAAAAUGUCGUUGUCACUGAGGAAGAGGAAGCCGUGCUCUGGGAGGGAUGGCAAGACGGCCUCAAAGCUGCCGACAUCAGCGAGGCCCUAACAGUAGUUGCGGACCGUGGCUGGCUGGAUAGUGAAUGGUUCCAGAGCAUCGAUCUUCUUCGUUACGCAGAACAGAACGCAGGUGGCCUGAAUCCGGAUAACAACCAGGACGCCUUAGCGUCCACGGCUGAGGCUAUGCAAAUUCGAAAAGCGGACACGAUGCUGCAAGACAAAUUCGACUACCUGAGUGAGCGGAGGAGGGCCGAGUACAGGCAGUGGAAGGCGGGAAUCCUGAAACGGAUUGAAGCACUAGAGCGUAAUCAAGGCGGAGACGCUCAAGGCACAGAGGUGGCAGGAGGAGCCGACUCGUGA